AACCGGAAGUCUCUGUCUGGGUCUAUUUAUGAGGACUCGUUCAUAACGUAGAGCAGCUGUUCGUGCUAAAGUGACUUUACAGCUAAUUAAUACCUCCUCAGAAACAUAUUCCCACCUUUUUGCUAAAGGUGUGGACGUUUUUCUGACGUGUUUAUUGUGUGCUGCUGCCUGUUCGUGGUAAUCGUCAUCAUGAAGCGGCUCGUGACGGCUGCUGCUCGGAUGAGAGCCGCGAUGCUCGACCUGCUGCUUAGUUUGGAUCAUUAGCUUGGCGUGAACAGCCAAAAACAUUUGCGAGCGUGGGAAAAAUCGAGGGCUGUAGCGGCACUAAUUACUUAAACAUAUCGGCUGUUCGUUGUUUAUGGCUUCUGGCUCGGCAGAUGAGGAAAAGAACGCGGUGGGAGCUUUGUGGAGGCGCAUAAGCCCGACCUCGGAGCUCUCCAAGCAGCGCUGCCGCCUCAUGUACUCCCCUCUCGGCCGCGACGCGGAUGUCUGCCUCUUUUGUGUCAAGGGGGAGUUUUUUGCCAUGGACGCCCGCUGUGCGCACUCUGGUGGUCCACUGUGCGAGGGGGACAUCGAGGAGGCUGAUGGGGUCCUGCAGGUCUUCUGUCCCUGGCAUGACUACAACUUUGAUCUCAGAACGGGGAAGUCUGGGACAACGUUACAGCAACACGUUUAUGAAGUAAAGCUGGAGGAUGGUGACGUGUACGUGAAGCACCCAAGUCAUCUCUCCUUAAAGCCUUUCCCAGCAGAUCAGAGCGCCUGACCAGCCUCCGAGCUGCUCGGUCCUGUCUUACAGACUCGUUCCACAAACACAAGCCAUCCCAAAGCAUUCCUGAGACUUAUCUGUCUUUUACGGCUUCUACUUUGACUCUUGUGAACUCAGGACUGGUGUUGAGGAGAUUGUGCAAAGAGGACAUGAAGUCAUGAAAUAGUUUUUCUUGCUGGCAUUCCAGGUAGAAGUUCAGCUGAACUGAGUUGUGAGUCCACAUCAGAUCCCACAACCGUGGAUUGUUCCACAAAUGUAACAGGGUGAUAACAUUUGGCUCUUUCAUUGUGACCAUUGUAAUCAUUUCAAAGAGUUUUUUAAAGAUGAUUGUUUUUGCCAUGAAAACGUUACAGAACAGUGGAGUUGUUCUCUAACUUCGUUAAUUUUCCAUUUAGAGUCAAUUCUGUGGCUGUGGUUGUUUUCUAAGUGGGUUUGAAAACAACUAGCUUUGUUCUCGUUACCAUAUGUUACACUGAUCCAGCAAAAAAAACAUAUAGCUUAUAUUUUCACAACAUUUUUAUAUAAAAAUGUAUAAAGUUAUUCGGACAUGUUUAAUGUGACCAGUGCAGUGAGGGAUUUGUAUUUAUGGCAGCUUUAAUAAUACUUUCAGCUUAGCAUCAAUGAUUAGGGCUCAUUUCAAUUUUCAAUAAUCGAUUAAAAACAGUAGCACUUAGUAAAAAUUGAGCUUAAUAAAUAAAUAACUAUGAAACCAGGUGCCCACCAGGUCGGACAAUGAGAAAUGUGAAUUUUCUACUAAUGUCCAGGAGGGGGCGACUCACCUGAAAACACAAGUAAGGUUUAUUUAGAUUUUUAUUGAGCUGUACUUCCGUUGUGAUUAAGUUAAUAAAAUAUUUGGUAAUC